AUGCAGCGAUAUUUGGUUUUGUUGGUUGGCGCAGUCGUUGGCGCGCCGGAUCUGGAGUUCGCAAGAGUUAGCCCUGGCCCGGACUCUUCGGCGCAAUUUCGCUCAGCAGUUUUGCCAAGGAUCUUCGGAGGGCAAGAAGUGAGGACACCGCUUGUUGUGGUAAGCGGUGAAAUUUACAGAGGAAUUACUCGAAAUUGAAGACGCAGAAUUUCACGAAACUUGGUACAAAUUGACAAUAACGCUUCCGAAAUCUGGUGCGGUAUUCUUAUCCCUCACUUUGCAGAAAAAAUUGGAUUUUUCACCGCGAAAUUUAGCAAAAACCAAACAGUUUUUUAUCACUGUUUGGCACACAAAAUGUUAGGUCUAUAUCUCUGCAAACUUAGGGCAAGGUACCUGCCAAAAAUCUUUUUUUUUUCAGAUAAAAUGGCGAAGGUAGGGCCGAAAAACAUGACUUUUUCGAACAGCUCUCUGAAUUUAAGUACUCUCCCGCUUGCAAAUCCCACCUAACAUCUUGUAAGCACCCGCUAAAAACGGGCUGAGAUCUUUUGUGAUUAAAUUUCAGACUGUGUACUGGAAGGCUACAAAAUUAUUAGAAAAAAGCCCCCCUCAAACUUCCCAUAUUCCACAUUUUCAGACCGGUCCAUACGGCGCGCGGCAAAAGUACUACAAGCCUCGCAACCGAACUGUCUCAAAUUCAAACCCAUCAGAACAACAGGCCGACUGCCCUACCUCUCCAUUCAUCACAUAUCUCAGCAAAUCUCAGCAAGAAGAACUGUUCAAAUUGGUGAGGAAUGCCAGAUCUCAGAAUGCCGAUGAGACCUCAGUAAAGUCAUUGAUGAUCGACUUUAUGCGUCAAACAUUGGAUUCGACAAAGUUUUCGCAAUUCGAAGCCGAGAACAGAGAGUUUGAAAAACAAGUCAUCGUCAGGCCAGUAGCUCCAGGAAGAGGCAAAAGGGCGACAGAUGUGAGGAGGAUCAUCAAAAGGAGACCAGAGAGACAUGUUGUUCGGGUAGGUCAUGUAAGAAGAAGGAAGUUUUGAACGGCUCGGAUUUCCUUUAAUUUUUAAUUUCUGAGAAAAAUAGCUUGCGCUUUGCCUGGGUUGUCUAACAAUUCAACAAUUUGUGUCAGCAAGAGAGUGUGCGUUAUGUGGGGAGCGGCCAGGAAAAGAGUCAUUUUCUUCUCAAAGAAAAGUUAUGGCCUCUAGAACUGUUCGAAUAUAUCAAAAUGGGUGGGGUUUCUUUCACCAAAAGCAUUACAGAAAGGAAGAUUGAAGUCUCCUCUAGAUCUUCCCCAACCUAGAAUUGUCAUCUCAUGGCAAAAAACAAGAUAAGAGCAAUUACAUUAUUCAUGGUGUAAGUGAUCUUAUCCGUAAAUUCUGUUCUUUCUCUGAAAUAAAAGGAACAUUUUUGGUGUGAAAUGAAAGAAGAACACCUCCUCUUACUAUGAUAACUUAUAGUAGCCAUUUUUCUGCCCACCUUCGUGGAUACCGCAAAAAAUGAAAAUUUCUUCGGAUGAGAAGAACUUGACACAUCAGGGAAAGACUUGGUGUCAACCUGCAAUUAUGACAUAGCUUAAGCCAACUAUGUCACCGAUUUUCGGGCUAAAAAUGUAUGUUAUACUUUUGUAGUGCGCAAGCUAAAAAUGUCGUAUGUCUCUUGGGAAAUGCCAACCUUAUUUUACACAAGAUUUAUUCAAUUUUGACCACAUCUACCUUCAACAUUAAAAAUCUUCUUUUUUCAGAAUCAACGAGAAGUCUAUGACAUUGAAGAAGGCGCCCGAAUUACAAAUGAAAUUCCACUUCAUCGAUUGCCAGUGGUAUAA